CCUUUAUGUGUUCGUUUCUUCGCUCGCACGCAAGUUCGUGGCUCUAGUCUGCAAAUCGUUUUUUCUCCUCCGAAAUUUGUAAAAUAAUAACUUAAUCAGUUUAUUAAUACAAAAUAGGUUAUUAAAAACUAAUAUUAACUUUGUGCAAAUAUUAAAAUUUGUAAAAGCAACUUGAACGCUUUGUAAUUUGCUUUCAUUUGGGGACCAAAAAAGGUGUAGCUGCCAUUCAUUGCAAAGCAAAGAAAGUGUAAAAAGAUAAGUGAAAUUUUAAGAUAAAAAGGAUAAGAAAAAGAAACAAGAAAAUAAAGAAAAUCAAGUAAUCAAACAAAGAAGAGUGGAGUGAAACAGAGAAAAGCAACGAGCGGAAAAACGAUUUUUUGCAAAACGCAUACGCAAACGAAGACGAAAGCGAAACGAACUAGCGAACGGGCAAGUUUUAAGCUGAAAGAAAAUUGUUAAUGUGGUUGGAUAGGUGUGCAGGAUAUAGAAACGAAAAUUGUUUGUUGGCCGACAAACGGUAUAUUUAAAAUAUUAGCAGUGGAUUGGAGUACGUGUACGAAAAAUAGGUAAGGCAAUACUGUGUAAUUGAACGUGCGCCGGUGCUCUAUCAAAAAGACGUCAAAAUUCUUAGCUACGGCAGCAAUUCGUACAAUAACGCCUAUAACAGCUCAAUUGCAGCCGCCACGCUCCAUAAGCAGCCCGCAGUGCCGCCACUACCACCCCCAAUUAUGUUUGUCAAUUCGAUGACGUUUCGCGGCAAUCCUGCCCCCAACCAUCACUACGCUGGUCAUCCAUUGGCAACAGCACAUCAUCCGCAGCAAGCGCAACUGCAUCACCAUGCCGCUACAGGACAAACGGGCGGACCCAUGACCCAUCAUCCAUCAGCAGCACAUGGUACGCAUCCAGGAGCCCAUCCCGGCUCAGCCAACAACAAUCUACAUCAUGCCACUUCGGGCAUGAAUCGUCAUGCACAACAUGCGCCCAUGGGUAUGGGAAGCGGUAACAUCACUUCAAUGUCACCGCACAUGCCAAACAAUGGUAGCGUUAUGCCAGGUAGCGGUAGCGGCAGUGGCGCCAGUUCAAGCUCACCGGAUAGUGGUAAAAUCUAUAUCAAGAAUUUGGAACGUUCCAUUGACAACAAGGCAGUUUAUGACACGUUUUCCGUAUUUGGUAAUAUUCUAAAUUGUAACGUUGCCAAAGAUGAGGAUGGAAACUCUCGCGGCUAUGGUUUUGUGCACUUUGAUUCAGAAGAAGCUGCACGUACUGCCAUUGAAAAGGUUAAUGGUAUGCUUUGUAAUAAUCAGAAGGUGCAUGUGGUAAAGUUCAUACCACGCCGUGACCGUGAACAAGAAAAGGCAACACAGUUUCGGAAUUUAUAUGUGAAAAAUCUUAGCGAGGAUUUUACUGAUCAACAUUUACACGAGUUAUUCGAACCUUUCGGACGCAUAACAAGCCACAGGGUCAUGUUGGACGAAGAAGGACGUUCACGUCGCUUCGGUUUUGUAGCUUUUGAAAACCCACAAUCUGCAGUUUCUGCAGUUAUUGGUUUAAAUGGCAAGUCGUUGGGCGACAACAAAUUUCUAUAUGUUGCACGUGCGCUUAACAAAAUCGAACGCCAGCAAGAGAUUAACCGUAAACUUGAAGAACGCAAACGUCAGAAGGCCGGUCAAGUGUUUUACUAUUAAAUUCGAAGGGAUCUAUAAGGAAAUAUAAUAUCUGGGAGUGAAUUAUUGUAUGCAAAAAGAAUUAGUGAAGAAUAGUAGUUUCGAGAUCGUAAAGUGGUUAGUAUAAGUAAAAGUUUGCAUAAAGCGUCAUAAAGUAGAAAAGUGAACAGCAAAAAGUUUAAAAGCUGCAUUGAAUAUUGUUAAAUCAGCUGAAGUGGACUAAGGGAUAGAUGAGUUGAUGACGAUAAUAACUUGCGCUGGAACGUUUAUGCAAGAUUAUUCAAGAAAUUUUCGAAUAUCGUAUAUAAUUAAGAAUGGAAAGAAAAAAAAAUAUUACAAAAAUUAAAACUAAAUACACAUACAUACAAACAAUAACAUACAUAUAUGUACAUGUAGAGAUGUAACUUUUAUGCAAAAACAAAAUAAAAAUGAAUUUAAGAAAUUUUUCUAUUUUGAUUUCAAUGUUAAAUGAAAGUUUACAUUAGUGGAAAUAAAAUUGAGUAAAACGUCAAAAAAAAAAUAAUAAUAAUUGUAUGCUUAUUGUUAAACUUUAAAAAUUUCAAAUAUUCAACAAAAAUAUAACAACUGCAAAUAUGAAAAUAGAAGUAAACCUUAUAUAGAAAUGCAGUGUAAACGUUGAUUAAACAGUAGUAGAACAUAUUGAUGUCGCAUUGAGUAGAGCUCAAUGAGUUGGAAGUAAAAUUAAAUUUAAAUUCAAUUUCAAAUUAAAUGGCAUAUGUAUGUCUCUAUCAAUAUACAAUAUAUAUAUAUCAAUAAAUUACUAUUAUAGCUACUAUUGCAAUUAUUAAUGCACUCCUCGAAUACACUUUAAUAUACACACAAAAAAAAAAAAACAUUUACACACAUCUUUAUACACACACAUAUACAUACAUACAUACAAAUGUUUUUGCUUAUAUAUUUGUAAAAUUCAUAUAUAUUUUGUCACAAAUCGGCAAAAGAUAGAAAUUGCAUCAUUGAAUUUGCUAAAACAAACAAAAAAAAAAACAAAAAUUACGGAACACUUGCUAAAACAAAACAAAAAGAAAGUAAAAAAAAACUAUGCUAAUAUAAUCAUGAAAAGUACGUUUAUAUUAAAUUUCUCACUUUGCAAAAACAAAACAAAAAACAUUGUAUUUAUAAUAUUAAUGAAACCCAAUUCCACAUUAUGUAUAAUAAGAGUAUUUCGUUGCAAAAUUAAAAACAAUUGAAAUACAAGAAAAAAAAGGAAAUGUGCGUAGCAAAACAACGUAAGAUGUCUUAAUAAGAACAACAA